AUGCAGGCCGCCGCCGGUCGUCGGCAGUUGCCGGCGGCAGUCUCUGCGAUGGACCUCUUCCCCGACGGGGCCUUCGUGCGGCUGCGGAACCGCGCGCAGCAGACGUACCUCCACGCCGACCACGACGGGGAGGGGGUCUCCCUGCGCCCGCACGGCCCCGCCUUCUCCCUGAACGCGGUGUGGCGGGUGCACCGCGUCGAGGUCGACGGGGCCACCUUCGUCCUCCUCCAGGGCGCCGCCUACGGCCGCUACCUCGCGAUCUCGCCCGCCGAGGCGCCGCCCGGCCACCACGGCAACCGCGCCGUCCAGCGCGACUACGAAGGGGCCGACGUGGGCACCCUCAUGUGGAGGCCCUUCAGGAUGGUCGACGACGCGAGAUAUGUCCGCCUGCGCCACGACUUCAACCGCAACCUCCGCGCCAACGGCAGGUUCCGCUUCUGGCACACCGCCGUCACCGUCGAUACCAACGAAGGCAGGUGGACCACGAUGAUGCAGUGGACGGUCGGCAGAUUCCAGCUGGGACCGGGGCUGCCACCCCUUCCACGUCCGACUGUGAAUCUAGGAGGCCGCAGUGGCCUCUUCCGGCGGCGCAGGCCCGAGGCGGAUGAACGGCGGACGAUCCGGCACGUGCGGGCGAACGACGAAGGGGAGUUUAACCAGAACUAUAAUAAUUGGCCCACAUUCCAUUUCUACGGCCGCUCCGUGUUCAACCUGAGGAUGCAGGUGGGGAUACGCCAGCCUGGCGGGGAAUACGGGGACGGCAUCACACUGGCCGUGCGGCCCGGCUUGCAAGGGCGGCUAACCCCUCUGGUCACCGACCUGCCUCGCAGCGUAGAUACCAUGGACAUCGUCGUCUUCAACACCGGAUCACAAGCUUGUGCGAUGUUUAAACUUAUCAGCAAGCUAAGUAAUGGCAGUGUGACAUGUACGAAUAAUCUAAAGCAGGUUGUAGACAAGCAGAUGCAUUCUAGUGAAAUAAUCUCAGACUCUCAGGAUUCAUUUCUCAGGUGCUCAGAAUUUAGUGUACCCAGAUAUAGCGUAGAGGACUACGAGAGCAGAAAUUCUGACAACUUCGCAAAUCAUCUCUUCGGCAAUCAAAAGCAUUUAAGCAUUGGUGUCCCGAGACAGUGA